AUGUCUGAGGAAAAGGUUGGCUCCCAGCAUGUCGAGGAUGACAGUACCGGCGUUACGGAAGUCUAUGAUUCUAAUGCAACUGAUCGAUCCGUCCAACCCACAGUGGGGUUAGACCCUGCUGCUGAGUCCCGGCUGCGAUUGAAGAUUGAUCUCUACAUCGUCCCCGUCGCAUCCCUUAUGUACCUCUUCUGUUUUAUUGAUCGAGCAAACAUUGGGAAUGCGAAAUUGGCCGGGCUUGAAGAUGACCUAGGGCUAACAGGCUAUGACUAUAAUACCUUGCUCUCUGUGUUCUAUAUUUCCUAUAUUAUCUUCGAGAUCCCUUGCAAUAUCGCCUGCAAAUGGCUUGGUCCGGGUUGGGUCAUUCCUGCCCUGACCUUGGGGUUUGGAAUAUGCUCAUUGUGCACGGCAUUUGUCCACGACCUAUCAAGUGCCGCGGGAGUGCGCUUCCUCCUAGGUGCCUUUGAGGCAGGAUUACUCCCGGGCAUCUCAUACUAUUUGUCGCGAUGGUAUCGGAGAAGGGAACUUGCCUUUCGGAUCUCCAUGUAUAUGGUGAUGGCCCCUCUAGCUGGUGCCUUCGGUGGCCUACUUGCUUCUGGCAUCCUGAAACUUCCUUCGUUCGGUAGCUUGAAAGAUUGGCGUAUGAUCUUUGCUAUUGAAGGCAUUAUAACUAUCGGAGUGGCUUUGUUUGCAUUCCUAACCCUCACAGAUCAACCUGAAACAGCCCGCUGGCUAACGCAGGAGGAGAAAGACUUAGCCAUCGCGCGGAUCCGCUCCGAGUCCGAGUAUGCGGGCGUCACCGAGGUCCUGGACAAGCUGGACACGAAGAAGACCAUGCGUGGGAUCUUCAACCCCGUCACAUUAGCGACAUCUUGGAUCAUGCUUCUUGUGAAUGUAACAGUGCAGGGCUUGGCUUUCUUUGCGCCGACCAUUGUGAAGACCAUCUACCCAAACCACAGCAUUAUCUCCCAGCAGCUCUACACCGUGCCGCCCUACAUUAUCGGCGCUUUCUCCACACUCUUAAUUCCCUACCUGAGCUCGCGUUUCAAUCGCCGACUCCUCUUCUUUGUUGUGACCCCUCCCCUCAUGAUGGCCGGGUAUAUCAUGUUUCUGGCAAGCACCGACCCACACGUUCGUUACGGUGCCACGUUCUUGAUUGCUUUCGGAUCGUUCCCCGUGGGUGUCCUUUGCAAUGCCCAUUCAGCAGCCAACGUCAUCUCGGACACGGCGCGUGCGUCAGCAAUCGGGACUGUGGUGAUGCUGGGUAAUAUCGGCGGUUUGAUCGCCACUUGGUCCUUCCUGCCAUUCGACGCUCCCAAUUAUUAUAUCGGCAAUGGCCUCAACCUAGCCACGGGGGCAACGACGCUCCUAACGUCAGGCUGUCUGUGGCUCUGGUCAGGUUGGGACAAUAAGAGACGAGACAAACAAGAUGUUGGCCGGGUUCUGGAUGGGAUGACUCACCGGCAGAUAGAGGAUCUGGAAUGGCGGCAUCCCAGGUUCCGCUGGAGAUCAUAG